AUGGACAUCUUAUACUCUCUGUUCUCUUUUCAUACGUAUUCAUUAACAACAACUCUCAUUAUGGGUACAUUAAUUAAUCUGUUAUUUUAUUAUUUAUAUCGUCAUAUUCCUGCAAUAUUAUCAGAUUUAUCAAAGUCACUUCUGUUUCCGAGCGAAAUUUUAGCAAUUUUAAAAGUCAAAUUUGGUGGUUAUAUAGAAAAGACAAAAGAAUCUUCGUUGGACAAACUCGCUGUAGAAUUAAAUGAUAUUGAUUUUUGUUAUGCAACAUUAAAUAAAGUCAGUCGUUCAUUCGCAUUUGUUAUUCAAGAACUUCCAUCGGAACUAAAAGAUGCUAUUUGUAUUUUUUAUCUCGUUCUUCGUGGUCUCGAUAGUGUUGAAGAUGAUAUGAAUUAUCCGGAUGAGAAAAAAAUUAUUUUACUACGAGAAUUCCAUAAAAAGUUAUCAAUCGAUAAUUGGACAAUCAAAAAUGUCGGUGAUACAAAAGAUUAUCAGAUUUUAUUAGAACAUUUUGAUAAAGUUAUUCGCGUAUUUAAAUCUUUAGAUAUCAAAUAUCAAUUGGUUAUCAUUGAAAUAACACGUCGAAUGGGUUGUGGAAUGGCGGAUUACGUCGGAAAAAUCGGUUCAAUUGAGACAACAUCAAGUUAUAAUUUAUAUUGCCAUUACGUUGCUGGUCUUGUUGGUUAUGGUUUAUCAGAAAUAUUUGCGAAAAGUGGUCUUGAAGAUGCAGAUUUACAUUUGAAUGAAGAAUUAAGCAACAGCAUGGGUUUAUUUUUACAAAAAACAAACAUUAUACGUGAUUAUUUGGAAGAUCUUCAAGCCGGACGAACCUGGUGGCCAAGAGAAAUUUGGCAAAAUUAUGCGAAUGAUCUUUCUGAUUUCAGUCACCAUCCAAAUGCUAAACAAAGUCUUGAAUGUUUAAAUCAUAUGGUUAUGGAUUCACUUUCUCAUGUUCCUCAUAUUAUUCAAUAUCUAAAUCGACUUCAAAAUUCUCGAAUAUUCAAAUUUUGUGCUAUUCCACAAGUCAUGGCCAUGGCAACACUUGCUCAAUUAUAUUCAAAUCCAAAGGUAUUCACAUCGGUGAUUAAAAUCCGAAAAGGAUUGACGUGUAAAUUGAUGUUAAACUGCUCAAAUGUGAGUCAAACUCAUUCAUGGUUUUAUCUGUUUAUUGAAAAAAUUCAAAGUAAAAUUCCUCAUGAAAACAAUACCAAUGUUCAACAAAUGAAAACUCUUGUUCAACAAAUCAAAGACUUAUGUCAAAACUAA